GAUAGCACAGGGUCGGGCUUCUCUCACUAUUUUUAACAGAAUUUCAGAGAAGCGUCUGGGAUUCUGAUUGUAGCCCAGAGCACUUUGUUCCUGUGUUUCUGAUGUCACAGCUCGUGCCACUGUCUCAGUUUGGUAAAAGUUUGGGGUUGGACACUGGUCACUUAGGUUUGGAGAGCAAACAGUGUCCAGACUCACUCGAGGGACUUAUACUGCCACAGGAACUAUAGGGAAGAUAGAUUAACGGAGCUUUGGAACUAAGGAUGUCUGCUCUCUCUAUGCCGUGUCCGUCUCUGUCUCUCAGUGAAAUGCCUUUUGGCCGCAGGCCCACCUUUCACAGACACAUUUGCACCAAGGUGUUGCUGGCGCAGGGCAGAGAGUCGCCCUUUACUGAGCACUGCCGCAACUUCGAAAAGAGCUACAGGUCUCUUCAGACAGAAGUCCAAAGACUGAAGGAUGAGGUUCAGGAGAUGCACAGAGACCUGACGAAACAUCACUCUCUCAUCAACACGGACACCAUGGAUGAGAUCCUGGAAAGAUGUCUUCUCAUUGACGAACAGAUCGCGUCUCAAUACUCAGCCGUACAGACCCAGCGGGCUGUAUUUGAGGAGAUAUGGGACAUGACCUUUCAAAGAGUAACCGAUGAGCAAGAGAUUUAUGAAGCGCAGCUUCAUGACCUUCUGCAGCUGAGGCAAGAAAAUUCCUACUUGACGACUAUCGCACGGCAAAUUGGACCCUACAUCUUAUCCAUAGCAAAAGUGAAAGAGCGUCUGGAACCCAGAUUUCCAAUGCUUGAGGAUGACUGCAGUUACACUACAGUGAAAACCCAUGAAGACCAUAUCAGCUGCAACAAGAAGAGCUGCUCAGACAGAGACUCAGACAGCUCGCUCAUCCUGCCACCCGACCAGACGCUGCAAAAGAGAACUGAUUUCUGCUGGCAAGGAGAGCAGAUUAACAUUUCAGAGACCUCUCGUGGCAAAGAGCUGCCACUUUAGAGCUGCGCGCUUGGAUGACGGUGAAAACUGACUGCAAAUGUGGCAUGUGCUUUCAAGCAUGUCCUAGAUGUCAACACAUGAACAUGUGGCUUUACAGUAACUGAUAUUAAUAUUAACAUUCUGGACUUAUAAACCGGUUAAAUCGGAUGGCUUGUAAUGUUUUGCAGGCAUUUGGGUUGUAACUUUUCUUUUUUUUUUCUUAGUUUUUUAAAAUAGUUUUGUUUGUAUCUGUGCUGUUAUUGUUUACUGAAAACAAUUAUUAAUCAUGUUUGGUUAUUGAAAUAAAGCUGAAUAAAAAUGAUGAAUAUAAAUGAUAUGAGAAAUGCAUUAACCUUCCUGUCGUGUUCUGGUCCAAUCUGACCCAUUUACAACUUAAAACACUCUAAAAACUUUGUGUUUUACAUCUGAUUGCCUCAAGGCCCUAUGAUAUCCUCAACACUAUUCAUUUGAACUUAAAAGUUAUGAUCACCUCUUUCUCUGAAUUUUGAGUGUUUUAGUCAACCUACUUACACCUGUGGUGUUCCCGGUCAAAAGUGACCACCUAUUUUAUGUCUAAUUCUAUAAAUUCGGGUUAAACACUAUUUUGAGACUGUUCACAGCUAAAGAUUGUUGAAUAAUAAUUUGGUUUUGAAAAUAGUUUUUUUGUGCUAAUUUACAGUGUCAGACUGUGCCUCAAUCUCCGCCCUUGGCUCCGUCAGAUAAACAGCACAGUGACAGACAUGAAGGAAGCAGAUCUCACGUAACGUUUGUGAGAAAUACUACAGAAAGAACUUUCCCAAUGAUUAUUUGAUGUAUUUGUUGUGGAGCUGCAAUGAUGAGUCAAUGUUGACAGCACACGAGAUUAACUUUGCAGACAAAUGUGACAGGAUACAUGUUAAUAUCCACCGCUGUAUGGAUAUCUGUUAUGUUAAUGUA